UCCAGCAGCUCCAUACCUCAGAUGGCCUGCUGCAGCGCCUGCUACAACUCGUGGAGGAUGUCCCCGGCGCUCUUUCACAUGAAGAAAUCCCACUCGUAAGAACAGAUUGUGACCCUUAUCUUUUAUAUCAAUGAUUACAAUGGCGUUUAAUUGUGCACUUUUACGGACACGUUCGUUCGUGGCUGUUUUCACGUUUAUCGCGCUGUGGGGAUUUGCGUUCUCCAUCACCCGCUACUCCAUACCGGAGGAAAUGGAAGAGGGCUCCUUUGUUGCCAAUCUAGCCACAGAUCUUGGUCUGGACGUUCGCAGCUUGCUGGAGCGCAACGCAAAACUCGAUGUCAUUCACAGCAAAAAUUACCUUGACAUUAACAAAGACACGGGGGAGCUUAUCAUCCGCGAAAGGAUGGACCGGGAGAGCAUAUGCAUGACUAAAACAACCUCAUGCUUUCUAAAAAUGGAUGUCAUACUUUCCAAUCCCGUUCGCAUUUUCAACAUUGAGCUGGAAAUCUUGGACAUCAACGACAACGCGCCCGUUUUUCGGAGGAAGACAAUGCACCUGGACGUGUCAGAGACAACCCCUCCCGGGGAGAGAUUCUCCCUGACCAACGCCGUGGAUGCAGAUGUGGGGGCGAAUUCAGUCAAGACCUACUAUCUCAGCGAAAGCAGAUACUUUAGCAUUAGCAUCCAAACGGGCAGCGAUGGCUCCAAAUACGUUGAUCUAGUGCUCAGUGGUCAAUUGGACAGGGAGGAGCACGCAGUUCAUAAUUUGAUUUUAACAGCUGUGGAUGGAGGGGUGCCUGCCCGCUCCGGCACCGCCAGCAUCAUUAUUAAUGUACUGGAUAUCAAUGACAACGCACCCACGUUCAGUCAAUCAGUUUUUGCCGUUAAUGUUUCUGAGAACUCUCCAGUGGGGACGGUGGUUAUGACCUUAAAUGCAACUGAUUUAGAUGAAGGCACAAAUGCAAAGUUGAUAUACUCGUAUACGCUGUACACCUCAGAGAAGACACAGGAGCUCUUCUCCCUAGAUCCAAAUUCAGGUGAGAUCAGAGUAAAGGCAGUGAUCGAUUAUGAAGAGAGUCAAAGUUUUGAGAUGCACAUUCAGGCUCAGGACAGAGGGGCAAACCCACUGUCGGGACACUGUAAAGUGAUGGUUUUCAUCACAGACCUGAACGAUAACCACCCAGAAGUGACCAUCAAGUCCCUGAAGAGAUCAGUGGCUGAAGAUGUCUCUGUAGGGACGCUGAUUGCCGUGGUCAGCGUCACUGAUAGAGAUUCUGGAGUCAAUGGUGAAGUAGACCUCAUCCUGAAGCAGCAAGAAGCCUUACCCUUUCUUUUAAACAAAUCCUCAGAGGGCUACUUUGAGCUGCUGGUGUCAAAGCCGCUGGACAGAGAGGUCAAAGGCAAAUAUGACAUCAAACUAAUUGUGACAGAUAGAGGUAUUCCGGCCUUAUCUGAAAACGAAACCAUCACCUUGGAAAUCCUAGAUGUUAAUGACAAUGAACCCUUGUUCUCUCAGUCCUUCUACACUAUCCAUGUUGUGGAGAAUAAUCCACCCGGAGCGUUAUUGACAUCCCUAAGUGCGCAUGACCCAGAUUUGAAUGAGAACCAGUACUUGGUUUAUUUCAUAAUGGAGAAAGAAAUAGUUAACAUCUCUAUGUCCAUGCUUUUUUCCAUCAAUCCUGAGAACGGGGAUCUUUAUGGCCUAAAGACCUUUGACUAUGAGAGAGAAAAGGAGUUCUUGUUUCACAUUGAGGCUAGGGACUCUGGUGUUCCCCCGCUGAGCAGCAAUGUGACGGUUCACAUUGUCAUUCUGGACCAAAAUGACAACACUCCCCUCAUUGUAUCACCAUGGCGGGCGCACGGUUCCGUUGUUGAGGAGGUCAUACCGAGGUCCACAGAAAAAGGACACUUGGUGACCAAAGUGGUUGCCAUUGAUGCAGACUCUGACCAGAAUGCCAGGGUCACCUACCAGUUACUGCAGAUCAGUGACUCAACCCUCUUCAGCCUGGAUCAGUACAACGGUGAGAUCCGAACAACUAGGAUGUUCAGCUACCGAGACCCAAGACAGCAGAGGCUGGUAGUUGUUGCCAAAGACAAUGGACAACCUGCUCUGUCUGCCACCGUUACUAUAAAGAUAUCAACAGUGGAACAUGCCAUGACCUUCUUAGAGACAACAGAGUUACCAUUAGAAUAUGAAGUCUUCACUAAUCUAAACUUGUACCUUGUAAUUGGUUUGGGAGCUGUGUCCUUUAUGCUGUUGAUAACCAUCUUGGUUAUUAUUGUCCUGAAAUGUCAAAAACCAAAGCCAAAGGCCAUCAAGAUGCCCCCAGUCAACAGAAACAGCUUGAUCAGCCAGAGAAGCUCCACCAUUGCAGAUUCCACUCUGAUCUCCAGUGAUGCCUAUUGGUAUAGCUUGUUCCUUGCAGAAACCAGGAAGGGCAAGGUGGUGGUGAGACAACCCAUAAUUCCCAAAGGAGCUGGAUAUUUUGUAUCCAGCAUACCAAGGAGCAUAGGCACAAGUGAAACGUCAGACUCCAGAGCAUCCACACUGGAGUACUCAAAAUGAAAGGAAGUCCAUUCUACAACUGGAGCAGGAGUCCAGAAGAGAGCUGUAGUGAUGUAAUCAUCUUUUCACUGGAGUCUCUGGCCGAAACUUUCCAGGGACUUGCAAAGAAGAUAUAAAGCGCUCUUCUGCCUUCAGUUCCUCUGCUCCAUAAUUUCCCCUGUUUCCAUUAAUCCCACACACCAACAUGAAUUAGUAAUUACCUCAGCCUUCUACCAAUGUUUUUGCUUUUAUGUAUAAAUUCUUUCUCUAACUAGCAUUUGGACAAACCAUUUACAGCAGGAUGCCUGGACUUUACUACAAAAGGCCUCAUGUAGUGCAUCAUGAAUUUCCCACUGGAUAAAUUUGCCUUUUUUCUCCAGGGAUUACAGUGUGCUACACUUUUAGAAGCCAAUAGUCCAAAACUUACCUACGUUGCCAUAAUGUAACUUUUUGAAUGCUGGAGCUUGAAACACGCCUAAUUAUAAAUAUACAAAGGAAUCAGGGUGAAAAUGCUUCCAUCUGGUAAAUCCAUUAUUGUAGCUGGUUACAACAUUGAUUCAGGCCUGAAACUAGGUGUUUUUGUCCUAUUUUGUAUGGAGAAUCUUUCAGUUUCAUAAGGUUCAAACUUUUACCUAGUCUUAAUCAAUGAUUCAGUUAUCGGUCUUUUUCUAUACAAUGUUUGUUGUGGUUGCCAAGUUCUGAAUGUUUAAAAAAUGACAAAAAAGAAUGAAAGAAAACAGUUAAGUGUAAAAAAAAAAGCCCAACAACUUUCUCUUCUUAUUUUUUGAUUGUAGUUAAGUAUAUGGGAUUAGGUAUAAGGUUAGAGAAGAUAAAAGGCUAACCAACAAUAGACGUGCAAUUGGUGCAUACAUUUCUGGUAAGAAGUGUACAUCUGCUCAUCAUCAUACCUUAGAUGUUAAUGUUUGGGUUUUAUUUAUUUGAACUUUUAUUUUCAAGUGAUGACAUGACAGCAAUUGGGUUCAGAAAUUAGAAUUCACUGUGGGAGUUCUCUUAUCCACACAUGGAUAAGAUUUGGCUAAAAUAUACACAUACAUCUCCACGUAUAUUUUUUUAUAAAUGUCCACCAGCAAGUUUCAGAGAAAACUAAUUUUCAUAGUGAUGAACAAUGUCCUGGAAACACCAAAAACCAAUCACUGUCCUAACAACUCUUCCUGGAAGAAAUGGUAUAGCUUGUGUAAAUAGGUUGUUUUUUUUGGCACAAUCCAAAAAUAUUCAACAGAGCUUAAGUGUGGGUUAGUAAUGUUAUUCUGCGUUAUCCAUUUCAAAAUCGGUUUUGAUCUGUGUUAGGGAUUGCUGUCUUGUUGGAAAGCCAAAUUGAGUCUGAAGCUACAACAGUGUAGCUAUUGAUUUGAAGUGUAGUUGAACAUCUUGAAGGCAUGCUGCUGUUUUAAUUAAUUUUCCUACUUUGUCUAAUGCAUCAAUACUAUUGGCAGUGAAACCGAUCCUAAGCAUGGUUCUACCACCACCAUGCUUGACAGAUGUUACAGUGUUCAUAGUAUUCAAAAGCUUAGCUUUUCUCCCAACAUUAUUUCUGUCAUUGUAGCCUAAUAUAUCAAUCUUCCUCCACAAGGCUUUUGUCUUGUCCAUGUGGGUAGAUGCUAAUUUUAGUCGUUCUUAAAGGUGUUAUUUUUUGGAGCAUAAUGAAGCAUGAAUAAUAGGCUUGAACAUUGGGGGUUCUUGGGUUGCUCUUGAACAUUCUAAUCAAUGUCCUUUCAUCUGAAAAUUGCAGUUUGAAUCAGACUGUUAAAAUUUGGAAGCAGUUGAGUGUUCGGGUGGGAACAUGAUCUCAAAAGCAUCUUGAAUGACCUUUUCAAAUCCCUGAGCUCAAACCAAUUUUAUGAACUGAAAACUGGGUCUGUGCCAGACUAUGAAAAUAAAGAAGUUAAGGUGCAACAUGCAAGGGGACAUUUAUCCAAAUGUUAGUGGUGGUGUGUGUAUAUAUUUGAGCUACAUUUGUCAUUUUUGCCCUGUGGGGAAUAGCAAAAGUCAAAAAUAAAUUUGUGCUUCUGAAUAUUAUAUUAAAAAGUUGUUAAAGUUGUUUUUUUAUAUGAUCAUUCCAACUUUGAAAAAUAAAUGUUCAAAUACAUCAUGAAGGUUCAUAUGAAUGCCAUGUGAUGAUUGCAUGUAAACUUAACCAUAACUGUAUGUUGCAAUGCAAAAUCACAUUUUUAAACAAAAUCAAAAACUUUUAUACGUACAAUCAGCUCAUCUCUUCUAGUUGAGGUGAGGUGUGUUGUCGGCCAUUACAUAGUUUUGCCAGAGGGAAGAGCUUCAUUAAUACAUUAUAACAAACAAUGAACCAUAUUCUACAAAACCAACUUGACUGUUAAUCAAAUGUUUUCUUUCAAAGGUCAUUGGAAGCUUUUUUAUUAUUUCUCCUAAAAAACUGGCAGUUAAAGUAAGAGCUGAUUUUAAUAAUUAUACAAGUAGAAAAAAGCAAGAUGUAUGAGAUCAAAAUCUAAAAUAAAAUGAUAAAUAUGUUUAAUAACCAGAGUAAAAAUAUAAGUAAUAAUCUUUGCCAGUGUAGAGGAUCAGAGGUAGAGACAAGAUGUUCUUUGAUAAAUAUUCAUGUUUUUUAUAUAUUUUAUGUAGUAACUUUUAUUGCUGCUUUUGUGAGCUUCUUAAAGAACAUUUUAUGUUGCAUAUUUAUAGUGUAGUGCGUUGUUUUAGUUGUGUACAUAAAAAAAAAAUGGAAUAAGAAAACAUUUUCUGACCUCAAACGUAGUGCUGUUGCACCGCUGUCAAGUCCAUGACUUCACUUUCUCUGUAACAGGAAUCCUAUUAAGAGUGCUAAUUAGGCUGCUAAAUGAUCAAAUGCACUAGCUUGAGUUUGGGGAUGCUGUAUUAGGGAAGGAAAGAGAACACUGUGUUAAUUAGAGCAACAGUAUUCCUGUACUGCCUCUGCUGACAGUGCAUAAAAUGUAUUAAGCAGAUGACAGCAGUUUGAAUUUGGGAAAUGCACGGAAUCUAAAUGUGAUCCCAUGCAGCACUCUUGCGGUAAUGCAUUAAAGGAGGAAUAUUUCUGGAUGUAUCCGGCUUCAUGCUCUGAGUCAGUGAAAUGUUACCCUCCUUUUUCUUCUCUUUCAAGCUGCUCACCUUUGAAAGCAUCUAGCUUGCUGUUUGUCAGACUGAACAUGCCACAUAAUGAGGGAUCUUUUGAGGUCAAGUGCAUGUUAGAUGUGCAAUCAGUGACAGAACUGAUUCCAACAGUGGUAAUGCAGUUAUUGGGUUGCUCAUGUGAUGGGUUUCUUGUGUGCCUUCUGCCUUGUAAAGGAUGACUGUUGACAAUUGAAAAAAUAUAAUUUUGUGCACACUCAAACAAAUUGCUGGGUUAAAUAUAUAUAUAUAUAUAUGUGUGUUUAUUUGCUGACCGGGUCGUUUGGUCAAUCCUAGUUUGUGUUGAUUUAACACAAUUGAGUUGGAUUUGACAAAGCAUAAUGAGUUAGGGUUUUAAACCAAAACGAAUUAUAUUUAAGUGAAGAUUUAUGUGUUUAUAUUUAGUUUAAUACUGCAUUAAAUAAAAAUGAUUAGAUAGAAAAUUCAUCUUCCUUAUAAUAUAAGCUGUGUAACUGGUGUUUUAUUGACAAACAGCUGACUUUGGAUAGCAAAACAUGUACUCAAUCUAACACAACAGAAUACUGAGAUUUUUGUUCUCAGAGCAUCUUUGGUUUAAGCUCAAAACGUUUAACAAUAAAAAAAAAAUACGAGAGAAAUUGCGAGAAAACCUCAAAGUUAGACCUUAUGAACAAUUCUGUGGCACAAGUACAUUUAUGGUGUACUUGUGCUUGCUACUUUGCAGGUAACAGGCUAAUACUAUCUUGAAUGAACAAACUUCUUUUGAGUGAAUUUAAGUCAUUAACAGAACCCAUUGCCAUUAACAUUAUUAUGCAGCAUAAAUGUACCAUCUUACGAAUUCUUAUUUCUUCCUAAAAGAGAACUGUAUUUAGUUUCACCCUAAUUUUUGAUCUAAGGUUAGGUCAGUACUACCAGACUUUUGUCCCAACAGCAUAAAAGCCAAAAUAAAUAAAUAUGAAAAUUACUAUCUCUAAAACACAUCAUCAUGUUAAGUAACAAUUGCAAGACCAUUUAAAGCAGAAAUAAAUAUAGCUUGUAAGCCUAAGUUAUGUUUAUGACUAAUUAUUUUGGUCAAAGUGUCAAUUUAACAUAGCUGGACUUAGCUUGCGCUUGCACUAACAAAUGGCUAAUGUUUUAUUAAGUUAAAAAAAACUUGUCCUUUAGUGGGAACUUAACGCAUAAAAACAACUGCAUUUAUUUUGCAGCGUAGUUUUGCCAGGUUACUGUUUUGUAUUUUGCUCUAUAGAAGAGGAUCAUUGAAGUCUAAUCACGCUCCAAAAUGGCCGUCAGUUAUAAAUGAUGAGGCUCCUUCUAGCCUCUUCAGAGACAUAAUUUUACACCCAGUGUUUAGUUAACCCACUGAACGUUUGUCCCAACACCAUAAAUCCAGCAAUUUGAAUAAAACUCAAAAACUAGAUAAAUUAUGAAAAGUAAUCCAACUAAAACAAGUAAUAUUGUGAUAACACGAUUGCACUAAAAUGUAAAACAUCAAUAGAUAAAGCAUUUAAGCUUGUCUACAUCGACUGAAUGGUCAGUUCUUUGGUCAAAAUGUGAAAGUUGAACAUAACAAGCACUAGCUUAGGCUUUCUGAACUAACCUGUUUUCUAGUUUGAACUGGUUAUUAACACAACUCAAAGACAAAGAGAUUGUUUUACAGCAUAUUUUUUAGCAUAUUACCUUUUCUUAUAAACUGUGGAAGUGGUUUAGUGAAGUUUGAUUCGGUUCAUGUAGUUCAAAAUGCUGUCUGAAAAAUUAUGAUUUAUCUGUGUAGUUUCUUCUAUAACCCAACUGAGUCACAGGUUUUGACCCAAUGUUUAGUCAAUAUGAUCCAGCUUCUGGCCUAGCAGAAUAAACGCAGGACAUGGGUAAAUAACCCAGCGGUUUUUUUGUGUGUGUAGUAUAAUAAAUUAGUUUUUCCCAGGUUACAGUAUUUUGAGCUGCUUGUUGGAUAGGGACUUUUAGACUCAGAAUAGGGGUUCUGCUACGAACCAGUAGAUGCAUUAAUUGUGCAUUAAACUGCUUUAUACUUUGUGUUUUUUUAUACAACAUACAUUUUUGAUAUCAUCUGUAUUCACUGUGAUUGAAUGGCACAGGGGAUGCUUGUGCUAAUUGUAGUAGGCUAUAAGCAAGUUAUUUCUCUUUUUGUUUCGACAGCUACUUUGCCGGUCAUACUGUACAGUAAGCUUCAACAGUUGUAUCAAACACUCUCCAGUUUCAUCCUGCUUAGCCAAUCAAAGACAAUAUGAGUGAGAAUGAUCUUUGUUUACUUUUGUGUCUUGUUAAUUAACCGAUUUUGAUGUUGCUUAUUGGGUUUUAAUGUAACGCCUGAUCAUGCUAGUUUGAAUAAAGCUUUUUAAUCCA